GGCGCGGAGCAGGUGGCGGGGGCCGGGCCGGGCCGGGGCUGUGCGGGGCCUCGGCCGCGCCUGCGCAGGUCUGCGGGCAGUGCCACCACGCGGAGCCCUCCCCGUGCCGCAGGGCAGGGCCGCUGCCGCCAGCAUGGCGAGGUGGCUGCCGCGCUCCGCCGACCUCGCUCGCCUCUGCCAGAAACUUAACCGGGUGAAGACCUUGGAGGACAACAUGAUGGAGACGUCCUUCAACAGAUGCCUUUCCACCAUUGACUUGACGCUGCUGGGCAUUGGGGGCAUGGUGGGCUCCGGGCUGUAUGUCCUCACGGGCACCGUGGCCAAGGAGAUCGCCGGCCCCGCCGUCAUCGUCUCCUUCAUCAUCGCCGGCUUCGCCUCGCUCCUGGCUGCUCUCUGCUACGCCGAGUUUGGAGCCCGGGUACCCAAGACGGGCUCUGCCUACAUGUUCACCUACGUGUCCGUGGGUGAGAUCUGGGCCUUCCUCAUCGGCUGGAACGUGCUGCUGGAGUACAUGAUUGGGGGAGCGGCGGUGGCCAGGGCCUGGAGCGGCUACCUGGACUCCAUCUUCAACCACAAGAUAAAGAACUUCACUGAGACCCACGUGGGCACCUGGCAGGUGCCGUUCCUGGCCCACUACCCCGACUUUCUGGCGGCCGCCAUCCUGCUGGUGGCCACCGCCUUCAUCUCCUUCGGGGCCAAAGUGUCCUCCUGGCUCAACCACAUCUUCUCGGCCGUCAGCAUGGGCGUCAUCCUCUUCAUUCUCAUCAUGGGCUUUAUCCUCGCUCAGCCCAAGAACUGGAGCGCCCAGGAGGGCGGCUUCGCCCCGUACGGGCUGUCGGGCAUCAUGGCUGGCACAGCCACCUGCUUCUACGCCUUCGUGGGCUUCGAUGUCAUUGCAGCCUCCAGCGAAGAGGCCAGGAACCCACAGAGGGCCGUGCCCAGGGCCAUCGCUUUCUCCUUGGGGCUGGCCACCGGGGCCUACAUCCUGGUGUCGGUGGUGCUGACGCUGAUGGUGCCCUGGCACACGCUGGACCCCGACUCUGCCUUGGCAGACGCGUUUUACAGGAGGGGCUACUCCUGGGCAGGGUUCCUGGUUGCCGCCGGCUCCAUCUGUGCAAUGAACACGGUCCUGUUGAGCAACCUCUUCUCCCUGCCGCGCAUCGUCUAUGCCAUGGCUGAGGACGGGCUCUUCUUUCAGGUCUUCUCCCGAGUGCAUCCCCGCACGCAGGUGCCCGUGGUUGGCAUCGUGGUUUUUGGGCUGCUCAUGGCCCUGCUGGCCCUUGUCUUUGACCUGGAGGCCCUGGUGCAGUUCCUGUCCAUUGGCACACUGCUGGCCUACACCUUUGUGGCCGCCAGCAUCAUCGUCCUGCGCUUCCAGCAGCAGAAGGUGGAUGUCCCCGUGCCGGCAGCCGCGGCCCAGCCCAGCCCUGAGCCCCAGGAGGGUCCGUCUGCCGGCGAGCUGAAGGAGUACGAGUCCUUCUCUGACAAGCUCCAGCUGGUGGACAGGGACAAGAGCAAAGAGCACCGUGAGCCAGGGCAGCUGAAGGCGGCUUUUGAGCCCUACCUGGAGUUCCUCAGCGACUUCUACCCAGGAGAAGUGGUCAUGGUGGCCGUGGUGACCCUGAUGGUGUCUGCCAUCUGCCUCUGCUCCAUCUUGGUGUUUGGCACUACCCACCUCCACCUGCCCACCUGGAGCUACUCCCUGCUGCUGGUCCUCUUCAGCCUGGGCUUCCUGCUCAGCCUCUUCCUCAUCUGGGCACACGAGCAGCAGCACAACACACAGACCUUCCAGAUCCCCCUGGUGCCCCUCUCUCCAGCACUGAGUAUCGUCCUCAAUGUCUAUCUGAUGCUGAAGCUCAGCUACAUGACGUGGCUCCGCUUUGCCAUCUGGCUGCUCUUGGGUCUGCUCGUCUACUUCGGCUACGGCAUCUGGCACAGCAAGGAGAACGUGCGGGAGCGCGGCCCGCAGCGCCUCAGCGCUCGCUACGUGGUGUUCCCCAGCGGCAGCCUGCAGGAGAGGCUGCAGGCCGUGCAGCCCCCGCCGCAGCCCACCCGCGACACGGCCGACUGCCAGAGAUGACACCCUGGGGGACAGGGGCACCCGACUCUGGGAGACUCUGACCCCCUCCCCACGGCCAGGCCAGAGACCCCCCCUUCUUCCUCCUCCUGGUCCCUUUGCCAGCGGAGCCACCGGGACUGCCCGCGGUGUGUGGCUCCAUCCCAAGGUGAUGAGGUCGUUUGCUCUUCCCCACCCACUCCCCACAGAGUGUGUGGGGACUGGCCGCCUCCCUUCCCAUCCCCAGCGCUCAAGAACUGGGUCUCAGCCCCCUCAGCCCAGUGUCUGCCCAGCUCAGCAGGAGCCACAUCCUUACCACCUUCCCCUGAGCACAGAUGGAUGUGUGCAGCAAAUCUUUCUGCUGGCGGGGGGUGCAGAGGGUCAGGGGAGUAGGGCAGGCAGCCCAGCACUGCCCAGUUUGGGCCUCAUCCUGACUGCAGCUUGGGCGCUUGUUGCACCCCCUGCGUCCUGCUGAGCCCACUUGCAGAAGGAGGCAGGGGUUAAGCCCAUGUCCUUGCCAGCCUCCCUGCCAGCUCAUCCCCAGGGCCACUCUCCUGAAAGGCUGAGGGAGCUGGGGACAUCAGAUGGAGAAGGGACAUGGGCAGAGUGAGUAGCUGGGCAGGGACCUCGGGAAAGCCAGCAUGGGCUGGCACGGCUGAAGGCCAUCUGCAUCUUCCCAGCCAUUGUCAUCAGCUGUUGCAGGGUGAGCUGGGGCUGUGCCUGGCUGGAAGGUCUUGCCAGGGCUAGGCUCUUGCCCCAGCCCUGAGCUGAGUGUGAGUGCUCAGGGUCUCAGAUUCGUUGCCUUCUCCCUGGCAGUGCCCAACAGCAUCCCUGAGUCCCCUUCCCUCUGUGGCCCAGCAGCACAGCUUGUGCUGCUACCUGUUCCGGCUUGGGGGGCUCAUUUCCCCUGUGAUGCCCCUCCCAGGCUCUCUGUGGCUCGGGAUGGUCUCUGCAGGUGCUUUUCACUAUUGCUCCCUCUCCAACAAGCAUCCCUGUGCUCUGGAGCUCACUCCAGCUUCUGUGGUGGCAUGUUGGGGGUCCCCAGCAGCACUGCUGUGGCCACCCUGGCUGGUUUGCCCAUUGCCAAAAGCCAAAAGCGGAAGGGGAAGGGCGUUUUGGCACUUUUUGAAAGUGAUACAUGGAGGAAACAGUAAAGGCUGAGGUUGCUGAAUUGCCAGGCCUCACAGCGUGAGCACUGUGCAACAUCACCUGCAUCCUGCAAGGAGUCAGGGCUGUGGGCAGGCUGGCCUCAUUGCUGCUUGCUGGCUGGUCCCUGGGGGGGGGGCUGGUGGGGGGUCUCUGUACGAUUUGCUGGCUGCCUGGUGAAGCUCUCUGUAUGCCAGUGCUGCUCCGUGUCCCACCUCACCCCGCGCUGCUGCUGCUGCCAGUGGAGCAGCACGUCCCUGCCGUGCCCUGGCCCUGCUUGGCACCUCUGUGUAGUGGCUUGUGAGCAACACGCUGACUCAGUCACCCUCAUAAAUACUGGUUCUGUGA